GCAUGUUUCACACUCUAUGGUUUCACACACACAGAGACUUUAGAUUGAUUGAGAAUAUCAGUCACCAUUCACUCCCAUUGAAUCUUACGCCAUUCAAUGAAAGUAAAUGGAGACUAGGACUGGGACUUCUUGCCUGUCAUCUUAUUCCGUAUUUCAAAGCAGAAAGAAACUCAUACAGGUUUCGAACAACAAGGGGGCGAGUCAGUAAUGACGGCAUUUGAAUUUCUUUACUAUCUUGCUGAAAUACGCGCGCUCGCGCCACCCAGGUGCUUCCUGGUGUUUAAUCGCAGGAUCACAUCACACACAGGGGAACCGAAACGGUCAGCAGCAGCAGCAGCAGAAGCAACGCGUCCAGGAAGCGUCGCCGACAGAUAGAGAAAUGCAGCAGUAUCCGCGACUCUCCGUCAGGUAGCCGCGAAACUAGAAGGUUCGCAGGCAGCUUGCGACGGUGUUUUUAUUUAUUUCCCCGCCGUCGGCGCGAGCAGCUGCUGACGCGAUGCUUUAGCCAUGGACAGCAGGAUAAACGAGAAUCCUGCGAGAACUUUUGAGUUGGCCCUUCAGGUUGCCUGUCCAGCAUCUGAAAAUGAAGAUCCGACAGUGCUGUGGAAGUUCCCUCAGGACUUUGGAGACCAGGAGGUCCUGCAGACGGUGCCUAAGUUCUGCUUCCCAUUUGACAUUGAAAGAGUGUCCCCGACUCAGGUGGGCCAGAACUUCACUUUUGUGCUCACAGACAUUGAUGGCAAGCAGAGGUUUGGUUUCUGUCGGCUGACCUCAGGCUGCAGGGUCUGCAUCUGUUUGCUCAGUUAUAUCCCAUGGUUUGAGAUUUAUUAUAAGAUGCUAAAUACCCUUGCAGACUACUUAUCAAAGCACCAGGAAGACGACUUGAGCGACAUGUUAGAAACGCUGUACACCUACCCCGUGCCAAAGCCGAAUACGCCAGUGAAUCUGAGUGUGAGCAACCACUUACAUUUUGCCAGUGGGCAAGUAGUGCAGGAUCCAGGAAGCAGACAGUCGCAUUCAUACUUCAUAGCUCCUGAUAUUAAUGGACUCCCCACCAUACCUGAAAAUAGAAAUUUAACCGAGUACUUUGUAGCAGUGGAUGUGAACAACAUGUUGCACCUCUACGCCAGCAUGCUGCAUGAGCGACGCAUCAUCAUUACCUCAAGCAAGCUUAGCACUUUAACUGCAUGCGUGCAUGGGUCCACUGCCAUGCUCUACCCUAUGCACUGGCAGCACAUCUUCAUUCCUGUGCUUCCUCCUCACCUGCUGGAUUACUGCUGUGCGCCCAUGCCAUAUAUGGUCGGAGUUCAUCUCAGCCUUUUAGAGAGAGUAAAGAGCAGAUCCCUGGAGGAUGUGGUCAUUCUGAACGUGGACACAAACACCCUAGAAAGCCCAACAGACGACCUGCACAACCUGCCCAGUGACGUGGUCUCCAAUCUGAAGAGUAAGCUGAAAAAGCAGUCAACUGCUACAGGCAGCGGGGUUGCUCGGGCCUUUCUGCAUGCUCAGGCUGCUCUGUUUGGCUCCUAUCGGGACGCCCUGAGAUAUAAACCAGGAGAGCCAAUCACCUUCUGCGAGAAGAGCUUCGUGGCACACCGCUCCAGCACCAUGAGAAGUUUCCUUGAGAUGGCCGUGAACCUGCAACUCUUCAAGCAGUUCAUUGAAGGCAGACUGGCCAAAUUAAACGCAGGAAGGGGCUUUACAGACGUCUAUGAAGAGGAGAUCACAGAGGGGCGCUUCUGUAGAAGUAAUUCGAGGUCUUAUCAGCAGUGGAUUCACACCAAGAUGCGGCAGAGGGCCAAACCGGUCGUGAAAAACUUUCAGAUGGCCAAAGAUCAUGCAAAACGGAAAAUACGUGACAUGAAGGACAAGAUUUCACAAAAGGAUGCUGAAGAGGAGGAAAGCCCGUACCGUGCAGGUUCUCCCACCAGCACUAAAAGCCUCUCACCCAGGAGACUUCAGAGGAAAGCGCGUCAAAAUCCAAAGUCGUCUCCACACAUGAGCCUGUGUUUUCCGGAGGGUUAUAACAACGACAACAAUGAUGACACAGCCAGCAGAAUAUCCUCUGAGGACAGCGGGGAAGUGGCAUUAUUCAAUGAAGACAGUGAUGACUCUGUUUUAGAGUUUCAGUCUGAAGUUAGUCAGACGGGCCAGAUGAACCUGCUGGAGGAGAUUUUGGACUCUCUCAGUACAUCCCACAUUAAACAAGGACGAAUGUCUGCCGCCAAGAGUCUGGACUUUUUCAGAUCAGUCGAAGACCUAGACAAUCCCACGAAAAAUUGCAAGUCCCCGCUGGGAAGUAGUUCUUCUCAGGUCGAUUGUGAAGUAGAAAAUGGAGAACAAGUCGGAUGGAAUAUGGGUCAAGACGACAGCGCCAUCAAUGGUAAACAUCUCCCACCUUCGCCUCGACGCCAAGCCAGCUCCCGUUCCCUUCCUGUCUGUCCUCCCAUUGCCAAUGAUCUCAACAAUGAAGAGAACCCGAGGAACUCUCUCCCUGAGACACCCAAAGUUCAACUCUUGGUACCUCUUGACACGGACAAACCCAGCAGUUCCCAGCUGAGACCAGACAACCGACCACCAGCAAGCCGCAGCCUUUCCCGACAGAAGGUCCUUUCUAGAAGAAGAACCCAGAGGCCGUCCCAGGAACAUGCCCAGCAGAAGGCAGCAAGUGGACAACCUUUGGUCCUUGUUCCGUGGGAGAGGAAAAAACAGCUCAAGGAGAAAAAUAUGGAAGAAAGAGGGAAUGAGACUCAGGAGACGGGCUUACUGGAGGAGAUCGAGUCCAUGUGUCGCAUGAGCAUGGCCCUCAAAAGCAACCAGGAGUUCACACUCAUCAGAAACAACACCAGCAUGGACAAAUCCUGAGAAAAGGGCACAACACUCACGUCUAACCUUUCUCUUUUCAUAGUCACGCCUUCCUCUGAUGCCACACCAGCACUCUUUGCAUGAAGUGUUUGCAAAGGUGUUUUGUAGUUAAUGUGAAUGUUCGGUCCUCUUAUUUCUUACAUUCGGUCCAAAACAACAAACGGUAUCAUUCAGAACUGGUUGUUGGAAAGGACGAAAAUUUGGUUUAAAGGGAUUUAUGUCAGCAUUCAACAUCCAGUUUAAUUAUUUGGGCAGCUGAUUGCACUUUCAAAUCACUGUUUCGAUAAAUCACUGUGAUGAGGAACAGAUUUCCCACUGUGUAUUUUACUAAAUCGUACAAAAGUAUUUAAAUAGCGAGCAAAUCUCAGCUUCAUAUAAUACCUUAAACAGAUUUAAUUUGCUUUUACACAGUAUUUCCAAACUGUGCCACUAUAGCUUGCUAACUACUAUCACUAUCUUUUGUAUCCAAUGCGUCUUAUAAAGAGAUAUUUAUCUAGGCAAGUGUAUAACUGGUUCUCAAUUUGCUAUUUUUGAGGGGAAAAAAAAAAAGUAUUUUUUCAACACACAUCUCAGGUUUAUGCUGUUAUCCAAGAUGAGAUGUUAGCAUUUUAAUUUCUUAGACAAAAUCAAAAUUCCAAUUAUGUUAGAACUAAUUAACUUAGUAUAUUGAUAUUUAAUUGUGAAAAUGCAGGUGCUGCUGAUGGCCAGUGCAAAAAGCAGUACACUUGUUACUGAUAAAUAAAUAUAUUUUAACCCCCUAUCUUAUUCUGUACAAUGGCCAGAAAUAUACUCAACGCAAGUACGAUAACCUGAACGCUUCUAGCUAACAAGCCCAAUUUCACACAAAGUUGUAACAUUUGUAACGUAACAACUACGUAUUGCAUUCUCAGCGUUGCCACAAGAGGUGCUGUAGCAGCAUUAUCAUAAACUAGAUGCAUCCGAAAUUACAUACUGAGUAUCUACUAUAUUUUAUGAGGGACAAAUUCUGCAGCCAAAAAAGCAUGUUCCCAACACUGGUCCUGGAGGCACCCCAACACUUCACGUUUUGCAUGUUUCCUUAAUCAGACACACCUGAUUCAGAUAAUCAGCUCAUCGGUAGAGACUCCAGGACCUGAAAUCGGUGUGUCAGAGAAAGGAGACAUGCAAAAUGUGCAGUUUUGGGGUGCCUCCAGGUCCAGGGAUGGGAACCACUGCUCUAUAGUAUGAAUGCGUGUAGUACUACAUCCGCCCUUUUGUCAUUGUCAUGUGACUUACAAUGUUUGCGUCGUUUCACUGCCAUUUGCGACUCGUCUUCCGUGGCUUCAAGGGAUAUUAAAUGAUCGACUGAAUGUGCCCUUUAAAAAUUUGCAAGAAUUAGUGAGUAAUAUUUUUUUUUUUUUUUUUUGGGUGGGGGGUUAAAAGAGUUGUUUUAUAAAUAUGAUGAAAACAGUCGUACUACUAUUCGUGUGCCAUUUUUCACCUACUAUAUUGUGGAUGUCGCCUUCAAAACUGUACUGCUACACCAAACAGGAAGUGGUUAUUAGAUCCAGCACUUGUUUCUUUAGUGGCUGAUGAGUUAUUUAGGUCAUUGAGCAGAGUGAUUUAGGACAUGUGCCAUUCUGUCUGACACUUUAAUGACUCUCCUCACCCCUCCUGUGUAAUCUGCUGUGGUAACGAUAUGGCUGUAAAAACAUUCAAAGUUUAGGACCCCGUCUUAAAUCAAGCUAGGCUUCUUAACGUAGCGGCUGAACUCAAAGCUGUCCUGAAACAAUAUAUGCGUCAGCCUUUGAACAAAUCAGAUGCCCCGAUGAAUUAUGCAAAAUCAGUGUUAUCAAUAAACUUAAAUUGCCAUUGUUAUUUAUUUUCUUUGUAAAACCCCUAUUAAAUACAAACUAGGGUUUCUUGGCUUUAGUCUAGUUUAGUUUUUGCUCGGUACACACAAGACAUACAGGACAUGUUGUUGGUGUCGCAACGUCAACACUGAUAAUAUGCAUAUGAAAAAUAAAUGAAGUAAAAGGUGAAAUGCAAGAUGUUGUGGCUAAAUAGCUAUUCUAUGGAAGCUUCUAUCCACCAAACAUAUACUGACAUGUUUCCGAUGUUCGUUCAUGUUUAUUUUGUGCUUUAACUAGUAAAGCGGAAGAAAUGAUCGCUUCACGUGCCGCUUUAACUGAGGCACUACAACGAUCGGUCACGAAACAUUAAAGAGCCACAAAACAGUAUUUAUUGUUUGAAUUUCUUACAAAAUGACAAAAUUUGAAAACUGAGACUUGAUACCUGAAGUACCAUGUUGUCGUUUUCUUUUUGCUCCGUCGCGUUUGUUUGCGAAGGGUGAGUUCUGAGGAAAAAAGUAAUUUUCUUUGUCCCGCAAAGAAGUAACAUGAAUUGUGAGAAAAGAUCACAAUUACCUUUUUUCUCUCUCUCUCUCUCUCUCUGUUUUUUUUUUUUAAACCUGUGGCAGAAACAGGAAGCUUCCAUAUUCGUUAAACUUUGCCUAGGUAUUUCUUGUAAACAGGAAGAUAUACAGUAUGUGUACUAUUUUUAACAAUCAUCAACGUAAGGAAAGUUUGGAAAUGAAAUUGACCCCCAUUCCUAUAUAAAUGAGAGGUUGUGCCUUAACUGAGUUCAUCUACUUGAAUAAUUGUUUAAAAUGAUAGGCAGAUGCCUUCUAACUCAUAAAUGAAAUCUCAUACCUAACUGAUUUAAUACACUCCUCAUAGACAGCAGAUUUUUAUUGGUAAAGGUUUUUUUGGGCAAAAAAAAGGUCCACUGUCAAUAGUGUUGUGACAUAUGAACCAAAGCUCACUCUGAAGUCACUUUAAAAUCAAUCAACAUUCUGUUGAUCAGCGUUUUGAAUCCAUAAUAAUAAUGGUAAAUAUAGCUGCACCUUAAUGCACAUAAUGCCAAGUUUUGGUUUUAGAACAGAACUUAUAUGUAUUACUGGUACUAUAGUAUUUAGUUUAGUUUUUAAUCAUGGUUUCUAAAUCACAUAGUAUUGGUACUCAAACCGAAACCUGAAAUAUUGUAUAAUUAUAAAUAAUAGUAGAAAAUCUCUUUUUUUUUUAAAAUUCCUAAUAACCUGUUUAUAGAUAUAUUGUUGACACGAGAAAGACCAUCAGCCUGUUCAAUACCAAUCAAGUGCACAGGAACUCAUCCGAAGCGUUUUACAAUGACCAUGUGAUAAGUUUUACAUUGCAUUCUCUGCAUAUUGUCUCUAUUCUAUUUGAUACUGUGUAUUUAGAAAACAUGUACAGUUUGGUUUGUCAUUGUCGUACAUGUCUUUAAGUGUGCUCUAUUUUUUGAAUAACUUCUUGAUAUUUGUCUUUGGUAAUGACUGAAAAUUCAGAAUAGCUUAAAUGUUGCCUUGAAAAUAUAUUUAACACGUUUUUCUAUCUAAUUGACAUAUUUGUUAUUAAAGUAGAGAUAAUUUUUAAUGUUGUUUAGCCUUAUUUGAAAUCUGGUCACAGUUAAUGUAGCAGCGUAGAAACUUUUUGAUGAACUGUGUAGAUUUUGGGGAAACCUGUAUGAAAACAGUCAUUAUACUAUUUUGCUUAGUUACAUUCAAUUUGAUCCAGUUACUGUUAACCAGCUGUUUCAAUUUAAACACUAAAUGAAACUAGAUAGUCACCACAUAUAUUAAGGAAAAUGCUAUCCAAAAUCUUUUUCUUCUUACUCGUUAUUGAUGUGCAUUUUUGUCGUAAAGUUAUAUGGUAUUUUUUUUGGUAUUGUUCAGCUUUUAUGGUACCAUUCACACAUUCUUACAUUGUAGUAUUGUGACAUUCUUAAUUUUUCAUCUGUUUUGCUGUUGAAUUAUUUUGUAAAUUAAGUAACGAGCUGCUGUAGAUGAAUCACUGGACGCUCCAAACUGCUUCUGAAUGUUCAACACAUUCAACUUUUUUUUUUUACACAAAAUGUCUGUAUAGCUGAUUCAAUAUGAUAAAAGACACAAAUCAUGCUUGAUUUUCUUGAAUGUUUGCUGGUAGGUGAAUAUGGAAUCUCAGUUUAGUUUGUGGUGGUUGAAAUGCUUUUGAGUGACUGAAGCUGGAUGAACUCUGAGCAGUUAAAUCGUUUUUAAGUGCAAAUUAAGACAGUCUAAUGUGUUAUUACAGGAACUACUGGUACCACUGUAAGCACUGUGAACUGAAAUAAAUUAUAUGUCUAUACAACUUA